AUGGGCAUGCUCACUGUGCGCGUGUACUACCUCCUGUUGCUCGAGGACAUGAUCGCGGACAACAUCGCCCUCAAGGAGUCGCGUGACUACCUCGCGGAGCAUACCGAGUCUCUCGCCACUCUGCUCACUAAAUGGCUCGAGGAUCCAGCCGUCCGACACCCCGCAGCGUCCUCGCUGUUGAACGAUAGCUUUGCAACGGCCUUGCUAACGCGUUGCCGCGGACCACCGGCCACUGCGAACCCGAGCACGGACCCAAGCGGUGUGACCUCCGGUGCACCGGCUCAGGACGAGAGCGAGCCCGUUCAGCAAACACUCGACAUGGACGGUGAUGAGCCGAUGCGACCCGUCGAAGAGCCUCCCGGUCAGUCACCUCGGAACCUCAGCCGCACGCGAGCACUUCCGGCGGUACCCGUGGACCGUCUCUUCCGCCGGUACCCCAGCCUCGCGGUCGCGGUGGACCUGGAAAUCGUCGUGCUCGUGGUCAACCACGGCCUCGCGGGUGGCCUCCCUGGUCAGUCGCUCUGA